AUGACAACAUUUUCCGCCCCGGUCACCGCACCUAGAUCGCUGCCCAACAAUCAGUCUGCGUUGGCGGCAUCCUUCACCAACUUCCUCACCGUCUCGAUACACCAGAUCCUGUUCCUCCGUUCGGUCUAUCCACGAGCCACGUUUCUCCCCGUGCGGGCCUAUAAUUAUCCCGUCCGACAAUCCCGUCACCCCAAGGUGUGUGAUUACAUCAACGACGCGUCAAUUGCGGUCGGAACGGAGAUCUUGAAAGGCACAAUAACCGCUGUCAGCAUUAUCAUUUCCUCUCUCCGUACGAAUCAGCCCCUCGAACGAUAUGCCUUUGACUUAUCGGGCUUCCCCCGUGUCCCCGCUGGCGAGGUCAAUACCACCUUCGAAGACAGAAGGGAGGAACCAACCAAACCGGGUGUUCCCGUAACCGAACGGGCUUCCGCUCCGACGACAGUCGACCUCGAAGCGCAAUUCCGAGCUUGUCUAGCGAGACUAGCUUCUGCGUGUGCGCGACUGACGCCUUUGCCCCGGGACGAUGAAUUCAGUUUUACCGUCUGCAUCGAAGUGCGAGAAGAUGCUUUACCUCCCGCAGGGACCACCACCGAGGAACAGACGUGGAUUGUGGCCGAGCCGGAUAAGGUCCACCUCAGAUCAUGCACCGCCCCUUACUCUGUUUCCAAACUGAGAAACGGCGAGCCGCAACAGCCGCCACCCAAGGUGUCAAACGGGCGCGCCAAGACAGUCCCGGUACGACGUGUAGAAGCCGGAGAGCUUCGACUGGAACUAUGGGUGGAGGAGGCACGGCAGAAGUUCAAUGAGCCGGUGGACUCGGAACAUCCACCGUAA